UCAUUUUGUUAUUUUCCUGAAAAUUUUGGUUUGUAAAUUCACAAGAUAGGCGUAUGCGUUUGGAGAGACGCACAAUAGAAACAGACGCUUUAACUGAAGGAACAGCAGUGUUAUCACAUCCCGUCAAAAAUGGUUAACGUCUUAAAAGGAGUUCUCGUUGAAUGUGACCCAGCUAUGAAGCAAUUUCUUCUAUAUCUGGAUGAGACGUCAGCGUUGGGGAAGAAAUUCAUCAUCCAGGAUUUGGAUGACACGCAUGUUUUCAUCCUAGCUGAAGUUGUGCAGAUUCUCCAGGAGCGAGUAGGAGAACUGAUGGACCAGAAUUCAUUUCCCAUCACCCAGAAAUAAACGCCUGCAUCUGACAGCAGACCCUACAGUAUGUGAGAGCAGAUGGAUGUGGAGAUUCUUCCAGCACAAUUGCACAAACACAAUUGCGCAACUGAAAUAUAUAGAUGACUGCCCACCAGAAUGAUG